CACAAUACACAAUACCACACGCUCACAGGUGUUUGCGCUCGCAUUGAGCGUAGAUUCCAAUUGGAAGCACAAUUACUUUUCCAUAUCACAAAGCCGCCACUCACGAGACACUAAAGAACUGCUCACUUUACCCAUUCAACUUGUUUGUGAGUCUCUGGGCUGCUUGUGAGCUAGUAAAGCGGCUUUGAGCUGCCGUCAAAACCACGUCGGCCAAGAACCUGCCUACAUUCCAGAGCUGACGGUGUGACGGCAGCCAUAACAAGCUAGUGCCGAUCGCGUUGACUUCAACGAUUCAGUUACCUGUUGACUUUCGGUCGGAUUUGUUGUGUGAGCUCUUCGCAAAAUCGUAUGGUGUAAGUGUACUGGAUUAAAGAGAUCUUAAAAGUUCACACGUAUACAUACACCAAAACGAAGCUGUGUAUACUAUACAUAUGCAUUUUAUAACAAACGUUGGUCAGCGAAUGAAAGAAACCUAAGUGUGGAUAAGAGUGUACAGAUACGGGUAUUGUUGAUGUAACAACUACAUCUAUAUUCCAAAACGAAUACUUGUGCGCAAUAACAUACACAUACAUACUCAGUGAAAUCGAUGGAAUACACCAAAAAGUGAUGAAGUGUCAAGCCGCGAAUAAUGAAAACUAUUAAAUUCCUGAGAGAUUAAAAUCACAAUCUUAAAGUGCCUAACUAUCGACCCCGAUUUUAAAGGCAAGGAGGGAAGGCACAAAUCUCUAGAAGGAUAUACAAUAUAUAUGGAAUUAAGUGUACAGCGCAGCCAUAAGAUUGUGAAGCGAUGCAUGUGUUCAAAAGGAAUUCGCAUUAGUAACAACUUUCUACCGAAUACGCAAACUACACUUGGAAGAAGGCUAGCGCAGGAGUUAAAAUAAAUUCUACUAAACCAUGGAUUGGGUGGAAGGAGACUUGGUGUGGUUCGAUCCCGGGGUAGGGCACCCUAUACCGGGCGAAAUUCAAGAGGUGCACCGUGCGGCGCAAGUGAUUGUCGUACAGGCACUCAUCAAGGGAAAGCCGCAAACAUUUGCACUGCAGCCAGGCGAGGGUAAUCUACGACCGCGACAAGAUCUCGGAAGUACUGGCGUUGAGGACAUGACUAUGUUGGAAGAUUUGCAUGAAGCUUCAUUGCUGUGGAACUUGCGGCUUCGAUAUGACAAAGGUCUUAUUUAUACGUUUGCAGGCAGUAUUCUGAUUGCUGUCAAUCCAUACAAAAUGUUUCCCGACUCAUACGGACUAGAAGUGGCUAAGAAAUAUGCUGGCAAACCGUUGGGCACAAUGCCACCCCAUCUUUUUGCCAUAGGCGCAGCUGCACAUGCCGCAUUGCCGUUGCCUCAAGUCGUGGUAAUAUCGGGAGAAUCGGGUUCUGGUAAAACCGAAUCUACAAAGUUAGUGAUGCAGUACUUGGCUGCUGUGGUGCCGGGAGGGGGUUCCGCGUCAGCCGUCAUUGCUGAACAAAUACUAGAAGCUGCACCUUUGCUAGAGGCCUUUGGCAAUGCGCGUACAGCUCGUAACGACAACAGUUCGCGUUUCGGUAAAUACCUGGAAGUGUACUUUAAAAACGGCGCAAUUGUAGGCGCAAAAAUUACACAAUAUCUACUGGAGAAGUCACGCAUUGUGACUCAGGCGCCUGGAGAGCGAAACUACCAUGUUUUCUAUGAGAUGCUCGGUGGCUUGUCGGAGACUGAACGUACCAAAUAUGGUUUGCUUGAAGCAGAUAAAUAUUUCUAUUUGAAUCAAGGUGCUACUGCCUGUGCACCGGGACGUGUGGAUUGGGAUUCCCUCCAAAGUGCCAUGCAAGUCUUAGGCGUUACCGAAGGCGAACGGGAGGGUAUUAUUCGAGUGCUGGCAUCGGUACUGCAUCUAGGAAAUGUGUACUUUCAUCGUCGACAGCUGCGUCAUGGCCAAGAGGGUGUAGAAGUAGGCUCAGAUGCUGAAAUCAAAUGGGCGGCUCAUUUGUUGCACAUUUCCGCUGAGGGACUUCACAGAGCAUUGACUAGUCGCAUAACGGAGGCGCGAUCAGAACGUCUGCAUACUCCGCUCGGUAUUGAUCAAGCACUUGACUCUAGAGACGCCUUCGCUAAGGCCUUAUAUUCUGGACUAUUCAAUUGGCUGGUGUCGCGCAUAAACUCCAUUGUGCAGAAAGGUGGCACACACGAUGCCCAUCGUAUAUCAAUUUUGGAUAUUUUUGGCUUCGAAGAUCUGGCGGAGAACUCUUUUGAGCAGUUGUGCAUAAAUUACGCAAAUGAAAAUCUUCAAUUAUACUUUAAUAAACAUGUAUUCAAGCUAGAGCAAGCUGAGUACUCGCGAGAACGGCUGGAGUGGACCCCGCUUACGUGGGAUGAUAAUUUGCCGGUUAUUCAUUUAUUGGCUAAAAAGCCCGUAGGAAUAUUCCACUUGCUUGACGACGAAUCCAAUUUUCCACGCGCAACCGACAUGAGCUUCUUGGAAAAGUGUCACUACAAUCAUGCUCUAAACGAGUUGUAUUCUCGGCCUCGUAUCGGUGCCCAAGAAUUCGGCAUAACUCACUACGCUGGCCAAGUGUGGUAUUGCGUAGAUGGGUUUCUGGACAAAAAUAGAGAUGCUUUGCGAGGCGAUGUGCUUGAGUUGUUGGCCUCAAGUAAACUGCAGUUAGUUGUCGAUUUGACGAAGCAGUUAAGAGCUCAAAGGGAUUCUGGCAAAACUCUUCCAAAGGGAAGCAAUGGACGUUUCGUCACCAUGAAGCCACGUACUCCCACCGUUGCGGCUAGAUUCUCAGACUCACUGCAGCAGCUUCUUCAAUCUAUGGGUCGUUGCAAUCCAUGGUUCGUGCGGUGCAUUAAGCCGAAUAACGAAAAACAUGCGUUGAAAAUGGACAUGCCAUGUGUUCUACAACAGCUGCGCUACCUUGGCAUGCUCGACACCAUUCAAAUCAGACAAAAAGGCUACCCAGUUCGCUUGAAAUUUCAGCAUUUUGUUGAGCGUUACCGUCACCUUUUGCGAACACCCCUACCCCGGGGUACACCAUAUCGGGAGUUAUGUCGUAUUCUACUGGAAUCUCUACCGCGAACAGGUAUAGAAGGGCCCGACUUUCAACUAGGUGCGACACGUGUAUUCUUACGAGAAGCUCUGCAUCGCAUGCUAGAAAGUGGACGUUCGGAUCGUCUUAAAUCAGCGGCGGUUGUUAUACAAAAGAACGUUCGAGGAAUGUUGGUGCGUCGGCAUUUAGCCCGCAAAAAGAAAGCUGCGAUAAAGAUCCAGUCAAAGUGGCGUGGUCACCGUGAAAUGAGGAAAUAUACAUCGCUUAGGAAAAGCGUUGUCCAGGCGCAAUCGCUGUGGCGUGGUAAAAGGGAUCGAAAGAGAGUUGCUAAACUUAAAGCGNAUAUGGCAGUUGAUGGCGCACUGUUUGUCAUGCUUUCAGCCGGGUCCUGCUUUUAGUAAAUAUCUGAUGAAGUUUAUUAUGGAUAACGCCCCAUCUUCCAUGAAGGAGCUCCUUUUGAAGAAGAUUUUGCGUAACUCCAGUAAUACG